GGGAAUUUGCCGACUUUCGACGGUAAAACUGAAAGCAUGUUUGUUGCCAAAGCUAUUUCAGCUGAACAUAAAGAUUUAAUUCAUGAUGUUUCCUACGAUUUUCAUGGACAUCGAAUGGCCACUUGUUCCAGUGACCAGUCUGUCAAGGUGUGGGAUCUUGGAGAAGAUGGACAGUGGCACUGUACAGCUAGCUGGAAGGCCCACAGUGGUUCCGUGUGGAGGGUGACAUGGGCUCACCCGGAGUUUGGGCAGGUUCUGGCCACGUGCUCAUUCGACCGCACGGCCAACGUCUGGGAGGAACUAGUGGGGGAGCACGGCAGAACCGGGGGAGGUCAGAGUCACUGGGUUAAAAGAACGAGUCUCGUCGACAGUCGCACCUCCGUCACAGACAUCAAAUUUGGUCCAAAGCAUCUAGGUCUUCAGUUGGCAACGUGUUCGGCUGAUGGUAUUGUUCGUAUUUACGAGGCAGUAGAUGUAAUGAAUCUUAGCAACUGGCCGCUACAAAAUGAGAUCAUUAACAACAUCAGCUGUAGCUGCUUGUCAUGGAAUCCAUCCAGAGUACAUCCACCAAUGAUAGCUGUUGGUAGUGAUGAUGGUAAUCCUGCAAAUAAUGGAGGCAAAGUUCAGAUAUAUGAAUACAACGAGUCUACAAGGAAGUGGAAUAAAGUGGAACACAUUAUGAUCACAGACCCAGUUCAUGAUGUAGCGUUUGCAGCCAACCUUGGUAGAUCAUAUCACCUGCUAGCUAUUGCCUCUAAAACCGUGUCCAUUAUCUCAUUGAAACCUCUACGGAAGGAUGCUAUUGUAGCUGCAUCAGGUCACAGCACAUUUGAAAUGAGAAAAGUCGCCAGUUUUAAUGACCAUGAUUCUCAGGUUUGGAGAGUUUGUUGGAAUGUAAUAGGAACUGUUCUUGCAUCAUCAGGAGAUGACGGAUGUGUUCGACUCUGGAAGGCCAACUAUUUGGAUAACUGGAAGAGUAUAGCUGUGUUGAAAGGUGAUGGAACGCGACAGGAGGGAGACAGGAAUAUGAAUCCUUCGAACGUAAUGUCCGCCGUGACGGCCACUAACGGGAGCAACAUGAGAAUAGGUACACCACCGCCUGGUUCGAUGAACAUAAAGCGUAACAGUGGAUGGCCGAACUUCUCCAUUGACAAAGACAGGGGAAAACAUUACUACUGAAUGUUAACUGGAACUCAUAACCAGGAAUGUUUUAGGUGUGGAACAGGAACAGUAAUACUCUGCAGGAGUGUUCAGUCAAAUAAGCAGUUAUUGCAGCACAGCUCCAAAUCAAAAUAACUUUAUGAAAGAUUUUAUUUGUAACUUCAAAUAACACAAAAUAGGUUAUUGAAAUAAUUUUAAACUUUCAUUCAUUAUUCACCACAACUCGAUACUACAUCAAAUAACAAUUUUUUUUGUUGAAAUACAUUUGUAUAUUAAACGUUCAUUUUUUAUUAUUCAUUACACUGUAUUUUAAGUUUUUAACCACAAAGUAAUCUUAAUUUACAUUUGUUUGUAUACCGUUGACACCCAGUAGCUGAUGUCAUUUGUUCGUUCGUUCGUCCAUCCAUCCAUUCUUUUAAUAAUUCUUUACAUAUUUCAUUUUACUGCCAUAAUUAUGUUCAUGAAAAAAGUUUUUAUGCAGUGUAUUGCACAAGGUAUAUAUGUUUAACAAUUAUGAAGGAAACCUCAAAUUGUUUUCAAGAAGUUAUUUUACUGGUCAUUCAUAAAUAUUAUGAGAUGAUUUACACAAUUAUGGAAUUAUGGUUUGUCAUCAUCUUUGUCAUAUUUCAACCAUUUAAAAACUGUGAAGUUGGGUUUGAGACCAUUUUAUUUGAUGCACAGAAAAAAAAAAUUCAGCGAGUAGUAUAUAAUGAGCUUUAUUGUUGGUGUUAGUUUCGUGUGACAUGUUUUACAUUGUCAGUGUCAGCCUUACACAGUCGGUAUUACACCAGUGCAAGUGUUACAUUGUCAGUGUCAGCCUUACACAGUCGGUAUUACACCAGUGUAAGUGUUACAUUGUCAGUGUCAGCCUUACACAGUCGGUAUUACACCAGUGUAAGUUUUACAUUGUCAGUGUCAGCCUUACACAGUCGGUAUUACUCCAGUGUAAGUGUUACAUUGUCAGUGUCAGCCUUACACAGUCGGUAUUAC